AUGCUGCUGCAAAGGCUAUAUAUCCAAGUUCUCGCAGCACCUAAGGAGACAGGCACAACAGUUCGCCGGUAUGUUCUGAACCAGACCGAUUUUGACUUCGGCCAUAUCCUGAACUCGAACGUGAAGAUGUCUCAGAUCGUGCUCGAGACCCAGAUCGAGGCGGGCACCACGUUUCACCACUCCGAGCCUCUGGACGGCAUUAUUGCAUAUUUGAGCUCCCGUAAGCUGCCACUUUGGCUUGUUGUCGCAAUGGAUAUCGAGUGCAGGAUGUACGAAUUCAUCGGAGCUGACGGUCCUCGAGCGUCUGAGCUGUACCUCAACAGCGUAGAACGCAUAGAAAAGCAGUUUCAGCCAGCGAUUGAGCAAGCACGGGGUCAGAAAGAUGACAUGAUCGAGGCGAUGAAGCGUGAAUUUAGUAGGCGCGACGAAAUGGAACGACAAUUCCGCAUCUUGGACGAUGUGACGACCACGCGCAAACAAUACGGCAUACCGCCCGCGGCGUUCAAGCAACUCGCGGGCAAGCCUCUCUUCCAUGUAUCUGGAACCCCAACUUCGGCAAUGCGAAAGUUGUUCCUCACCCAACUGAUCAGCACCAAGGCUCUCAAUCUCAAUGGCGAUCCAUCGAGUGACCACUACGGUCUCUUGAAGCGGUUCAUGGAAGCACUAGGCGUACACAGGCCAAGGUUCAGGGGAGGGCGGUCAACCAAGCUUCCGACUCCGAAACAAGUCGCUCGAAAUUGCAACCCUCUGCAGCCGACUUCUAGACUAAUGGAAGCACUGUAUCGUAGAACUGCGAUGCAAGAACUUGGCUUGGAAGAAGAUCAUCUUGUCACCGGCGUGUUGACUGAGCUCACCGCAGCUGACGAACGAUACACGGCUGAUUUAACCACACCACGUAAACGCAAGGACCUCACUCUCAAGCAGCUUCUUAAUACCCUCUUGGCUGAGCUCAAAGACUCAGAGUCAAUGCUGAACUUUGACUACCUUCGCCUCCGAGCAAUGUGCGGUUCCUUUGCUGUUGAGCUUGCAGACUUCGUUGGACCCCGUGGAUCCGGCGAAGAAGACACGGCAUACAAGCUCACCUACGACGCUCUAAAAUCCGCAGCAGAUGCCAAGACUCAGGGCAAGCAGAUGCUGAAGUUCAUGCUUAUCGACACAGCUGCGAAGGUCCUCGAGGAAUUCAUUGAGAAGAGCGGAGAUGUUUUGUCGCAAGAGACAUCGAGCUUGGCAGCGUCAGAGAAAAAGUCCAGAUUGCAACCCUUUAAUCCGGAGCAACCAAGACAGCUUUUCGAGGGCUACUUGAGGACUAAAGGCAAGGGCCUCACAAAGUUGCCAAUGACAAUCGCGGACUCUGGUGCAGGGCAGUUGACGUUCCUGGCCCAGGCUGGAGCCUUUGAGAAGGACGUGAACGAUCUGUUGAAAGAGGGGGACGACUUUUGGAGACUGUUGGCGCUUGAUCGUGCUGUGCGAGUACAGCACGAGGAGAAGCAGGCGGUUAUUUCUGUACAAGGGCCCGUUUGCGCGAGCAGGUCUUGUUCGAAAACUUGUAAGCACGAAAGCUGCCUGCUGAGGUUAACCAAGAGGGGCUUUGAUCAGCCUGGAUAG